AUGACUAUGGAAAUGCCUUCGACACCCGACUACUAUGCGGACCUCCAGCUUAGCCAACACGCGACAGCGCAGGAGAUUCGACAAGCAUACAGGUUCUUGGCGCUGAAGCACCACCCAGACAAAUUGGCUCCGGGUCAGACUGUCGACGCAGAAGAAUUCCGGAAGAUCCAAGAGGCGUACGAAACUCUUCGAGACGAAGCCAGUCGAGAAGUGUACGACACUAUCUACGACCUCGUCCGAGAAGAAUGGGAAAAGUACCGAGAAUGGCAGCAAAGAGAGUGCCCCUUUGAAAAGAAGCGGCGCCUCAGGGCGGAGGAGAGGCGGCGGGCCGCCGAGGAGUCUCGCAGGCAGCACGGGGAGUGGAGGGAGAAUUUCAAAACGACCGAGGAGGAGUUUCGAGCGGCAGCAAAAGAGAGCGCCCGGCAAAGGGCGCAGCAGGAAAGGGCCGAAGAUGAGGAGCAGGCUUUUGAGACGAGGAAGUGUCGCCAAAACAUGGAGUACGAUGAAUGGAAAGACGAAGUCGAGAGAGUUUUGGAAAGACUCCAAGAGGAGGUUGCGGAGUUGAAGGCCAGGAGCGAAGGUAUUAGAUAA